GCGCGGCCAUGACUCUGCAGCGGAGCUGAUUGGCCAGUUGCGCGGGCCAAUGGGCGCGCGUGUUGUUGGGCAGUGGGGGCGCUGCUGUGACUGGCGCCGCCACCGCCAUGAGCUCCAUCGGCACCGGGUAUGACUUGUCGGCUUCCACGUUCUCUCCAGAUGGCAGAGUAUUUCAAGUUGAAUAUGCCAUGAAAGCUGUGGAGAAUAGUAGUACAGCAAUUGGCAUAAGAUGUAAAGAUGGUGUUGUAUUUGGAGUAGAGAAACUCGUCCUGUCCAAACUUUAUGAAGAAGGCUCCAAUAAACGUCUUUUUAAUGUUGAUCGACAUGUUGGAAUGGCAGUGGCAGGACUCUUAGCAGAUGCACGUUCUUUGGCAGACAUAGCUAGAGAAGAAGCCUCUAACUUUAGAUCUAACUAUGGCUAUAAUAUUCCACUGAAGCAUCUUGCAGAUAGAGUGGCCAUGUACGUACAUGCCUACACACUAUACAGUGCCGUGAGACCUUUUGGCUGCAGUUUCAUGUUGGGAUCUUACGAUGAGGAUGAUGGUGCUCAGCUGUACAUGAUUGACCCAUCAGGUGUUUCAUACGGUUAUUGGGGCUGUGCCAUUGGUAAAGCCAGACAGGCUGCAAAGACAGAGAUCGAAAAGCUGCAGCAGAUGAAAGAAAUGACCUGCCGUGAUGUUGUUAAAGAAGUCGCAAAAAUUCUCUUUUCUAGAAUCUACAUAGUUCAUGAUGAAGUAAAGGAUAAAGCUUUUGAACUUGAACUCAGCUGGGUUGGAGAAGUGACCAAGGGAAAACAUGAAAUUGUGCCGAAAGACAUCAGGGAAGAAGCGGAGAAAUAUGCCAAGGAAUCAUUGAAAGAGGAAGAUGAAUCGGAUGAGGACAAUAUGUAACACGUUGUUACUUCAGGACAAAUUUUAUUUUAGCACAGGUUUGUUUAUUAUGCAUCAACUGUGGGUUGCCAUUAUGUACUUGCUGGAAGACUAUUUUGACCAACUUGCACUAAUAAAUAUUCCCAUUUACUGUUA